AUGAUGUUAAGCAAAUCCAAUUAUGCCACAGUAGUUACCUUCUCGCAGGCGGCGGCCGAACAAUGUUAUUAUAACCGAAGGUUGUGCGACUUUAAACAAAAACAUGGCUACAAAGCUAUAAAAUGCUCUGCAGACAAACACUGCUUAUGCAUGACUGAUUCUAGGAAUCGGUGUGCAAGUAGCGACGGUGACCAAAAGACCAGUUUGCAAUGUGAGAUUUCUUGCAAAAGUGGCACAAAAAGUUGCGGGCAGUUUCAGUUUUUGGUUGAAUUUUACAUUUUUAUUUACAGAUGUGAUGCAGAUCCAUCAGCUCUAGCUAAAUAUGUUCUUGCUCUGGUAAAGAAGGAUAAAAGUGAAAAAGAACUGAAGGCAUUGUGUGUUGAUCAGCUGGAUGUAUUUCUUCAAAAGGAGACCCAGAUCUUUGUUGAAAAACUUUUUGAGGCUGUGAAUACAAAGAGCUAUCUACCUCCACCAGAACAGCCAUCAUCAGGAAGCUUAAAAGUAGAAUUUUUUCAACAUCAAGAAAAAGACAUAAAAAAAGAGGAGACAAUUAAAGAGGAAGAGCGAGAGAAGAAGUUUUCUAGAAGAUUAAAUCACAGUCCUCCUCAGUCAAGUUCUCGGUACAGAGAAACCAGAAGCCGUGAUGAGAGAAAGAAAGAUGAACGUUCUCGCAAGAGAGACUAUGACCGGAAUCCACCUAGAAGAGAUUCGUACAGAGACCGCUACAACAGAAGAAGAGGGCGGAGUCGGAGUUACAGCAGGAGUCGAAGUAGAAGUUGGAGCAAAGAGAGACUGCGGGACCGGGAUAGGGACAGGAGCAGGAGCAGGACUAGAAGCAGAACACGAAGCAGAGAAAGGGAUCUGGGAAAGCCAAAAUAUGAUCUGGAUAGAACAGAUCCAUUAGAAAACAGCUAUACUCCAGUUUCUUCUGUAACAAACAUUUCAUCUGGCCAUUACCCUGUCCCUACACUGAGCAGCACUAUUACAGUUAUUGCUCCUGCUCAUCAUGGCAAUAACACGACUGAAAGUUGGUCAGAGUUCCAUGAAGAACAGCUAGACCACAACUCAUAUGGAAGACCGCCACUGCCAAAGAAACGCUGUAGAGACUAUGAUGAAAAGGGUUUCUGUAUGAGAGGAGACAUGUGCCCUUUUGAUCAUGGCAGUGACCCAGUAGUUGUAGAAGAUGUGAAUCUUCCUGGCAUUCUGCCUUUUCCAGCACAACCCCCUGUUGUUGAAGGACCACCUCCCCCUGGACUUCCUCCCCCACCACCAAUUCUGAGUCCCCCACCUGUUAAUCUUAGACCUCCAGUGCCACCCCCAGGCCCUUUACCACCCAGCCUUCCACCUGUUACAGGACCACCACCUCCGCUUCCACCUUUACAACCUGCUGGUAUGGAUGCUCCCCCAAACUCAGCAACAAGUUCUGUUCCUACUGUUGUUACAACGGGUAUUCAUCACCAGCCACCUCCUGUACCACCCUCUCUCUUUACAGCAGAAACAUAUGACACAGAUGGGUAUAAUCCUGAAGCUCCAAGUAUAACAAACACUUCGAGGCCUAUGUAUAGGCACAGAGUUCAUGCCCAACGGCCUAAUUUGAUAGGGCUUACAUCAGGCGAUAUGGAUCUGCCACCCAGAGAGAAGCCGCCAAAUAAGAGCAGUAUGAGGAUAGUGGUGGAUUCUGAGUCCAGGAAGAGAACAAUUGGUGCAGGGGAUGGUGGAAUUCCUACAAAGAAGACCUGGUUUGACAAGCAAAAUUUCAACAGAACAAACAGUCCUGGAUUUCAGAAGAAGGUACAGUUUGGAAAUGAAAAUACAAAGCUUGAAUUGAGGAAAGUUCCUCCAGAACUUAAUAAUAUCAGUAAACUUAACGAGCACUUCAGCAGAUUUGGAAGCCUGGUGAAUUUACAGGUUGCCUAUCAGGGUGAUCCAGAAGGUGCCCUUAUUCAGUUUGCCACACAUGAAGAGGCAAAGAAAGCUAUAUCAAGCACAGAAGCAGUAUUAAAUAAUCGUUUUAUUAAAGUCUAUUGGCAUCGAGAAGGCAGUGGUCCACAAAUGCAGGCUAUCCCACAGAAGGUAAUACAGCCAUUAGUUCAGCAACCCAGUUUACCAGUAGUGAAGCAAUCAGUCAAGGAGCGUUUAGGUCCUGUACCUGCAAGUAAUAUUGAGCCUGUGGAAGCUCAGAGUGCCAAUACAGAAAAUGUUCAGAAUGUAACUAAAUUAUCUGUGAAGGAUAGACUGGGUUUUGUAUCAAAACCAGCUACUCCAACAACUGAAAAGGUAUUGUCCACUUCUACUGGCUUGACAAAAACUGUGUACAACCCUGCUGCUUUGAAGGCAGCACAGAAAUCUUUGCCUGUUGUUUCCACUUCCGUGCUAGACUCUAAUGAAGCACAGAAGAAAAAACAGGAAGCACUAAGACUUCAACAAGAUGUGAGAAAGAAGAAGCAAGAAAUCUUAGAAAAGCAUAUUGAAACACAAAAGAUGUUGAUUUCAAAAUUGGAGAAGAACAAAGCCAUGAAGUCAGAAGACAAAGCAGAAAUUAUGAAAACACUGGAAACACUGACAAAUAGCAUUACCAAGCUAAAGGAUGAAUUAAAAGGUGUGUCAUCUGGAGGACCUCCUCUGAAAAGCAUGAAAACUAAGGCUCAGAUGCAGAAAGAAUUGCUGGAUACUGAGCUGGAUUUGUACAAGAAGAUGCAGGCUGGGGAAGAAGUCACUGAACUAAGGCGAAAGUACACAGAACUGCAGCUUGAAGCUGCCAAACGAGGGAUCCUUUCUUCAAGUCGUGGCAGAGGAAUACAUGCAAGAGGUCGGGGUACAUCACGUAGCAGAGGGAGAGGAAUACGAGGCCGGGGACGAGGAAGAGGAGUUCCUGUUCAUGCAGUAGUGGAUCACCGACCAAGGGCACUGGAGAUCUCUGCAUUCACAGAAAGUGAUAGGGAAGAUCUCCUUCCUCAUUUUGCGCAAUAUGGUGAGAUUGAAGAUUGCCAGAUCGAUGACUCUUCUCUUCAUGCAGUGAUUACUUUCAAGACAAGAGCCGAAGCUGAAGCUGCUGCUAUUCAUGGAUCUCGAUUCAAAGGACAGGAAUUGAAAUUGGCAUGGAAUAAGCCAGUUACCAAUAUGUCAGCGGUUGAAGCAGAAGAAGCUGAACCUGAAGAGGAAGAGUUUCAGGAAGAAUCUUUGGUAGAUGACUCUCUGCUUCAAGAUGAUGAUGAAGAGGAAGAGGAUAAUGAAUCUCGUUCAUGGAGAAGAUGAUUCAACUGAUCAUUGAAAAUGCUAGAACUGUACCUGUGUUGCAUUAGUAUUACCUAAUGUACUUUUGCAUAUUUGUAUUAAAGGGUUUUUGGUAAAUGUGAUGAAGUUGGAUUUAAGAAAUAGAUGAAAAAGCAGCUGAUUGAUCCUGUAUUUUGAGAGAGUGAUGUUUUACAUUUCAGUAAACAAUUGCUAAAGACAUCAUAUUAGGAACAUUAUGCAAUGUUUUUAUUACAUACUUCUACUGAAAGUUACAGAAUUCUUUGGGUUCUUUGUAAUUUAAUGAAUUGGUCAAAACACAGAUGACCAAGGGUUGUUAUAACAUAGAUGAUUUUUGUUCUAUUCCAGAUAUGGAAUGAAAAUUUGCAUUUAAAAUCUUUGUGAAUGUUUUCAGAAAUGAAUAGAUAACAGUACUAAACUGAAGUCUCUAAAGUUAUGUAUUCAUAAUAUUGCAUAGUAGUAUGCUUAGGCUUUACUAUGUACUAGCCUUUUGUUGGAUUUGUGUACGUAUUUUACGUAUGGGUUUUAAUGAUACAGUGUAUGACUGCUUUGCAUAUAAGUCCUUAUGACUUUAAGAUGUUUAAAAAAAAUAAAGAAAUGGAAUGGUCUUCAAAAAAAAAA